GCAGGUGAGGUGGUGGCCGCACGCGCCCGGCCCUCUGCCGCCGCCGGCACGUGAGAGCGAGCGAGAGACGGACGCGAGUCAGUGAGGCCAGCCGGCCACGGACAGAGGCUGCGCCGGAGUGUCGACCAGCUCCGAUGAGCCAGCCCACGGCGAGAUAGGUGUGUGCGAGCUGACCCGAUGGAGCUGACCGGCUGCUGGCUGGCGCUGAUGCUGCUGCUGGUGCCGGGACUCGGCCAGGUCGGCUCGCAGCAGGACGCCGGGCCCGGCCGGCCGGCAGCCACCGCCAGCGCACACUCACCGCCAGCCAGGAGAGACGCCAACGCCACCGCACUGCGCACAGUCAGCGGCUCGCCGCCCUCCCCGGAGCCGCCCAGCUCCACCAGCUCGCGCUCCGAGCCGUCCGACCCCGGCUCCUCCACCGCCCGGCGCUCAGCGACCUCCGGCCGGCCACGCGGCCAGCGAGGUCAGCGCCGUCAGCGCGGUCGGCGUCAGCGCGGUCAGCGGCGGCGCGGCCAGCGGCGGCGCGGUCCGGGAGGAUCCCGAGGUCCAUCGAGACCUCGUGGCGGAGACUCCAGCGGCUCCUCUGAUUCUCCGGGUUCCUCCAGUUCGUCCGAUCCUUCCACUUCCUCAGAUUCCUCUGAUUCCACCGCUGUGGACUCCCCUAGCGCCCCAGCGGCGGCCGACCCUUCCGGAGCCGCCGGAGACACUACGGGUCGAGGCAGACAGGGCCGGAGGAGACCGGGAGGCUCCGACCGGGGUCGUCGGCACCGCGGCGAGCACUCAGACGACCUCGGACUCUGGAUCGACCCAGACCAGAUCGAACAGUUCUCAGGCUACCGGAUACAGAUCCCGAUCAUUAUCAAGGGGCAGCUGCUGUCGCACAUCAUGGACCCUAACUUCGAGCGAUACCUUCCCAUGAUCCCCGCUGAGGUGGGCUACGUAAACUUUACCUGGAGCUCCGGCCGACGGCGUUACAACUACAGUUUCUACGAGCUGGCCUCUGACGACACCACCGUGCUGAUGCCGCCCAUCGUAUCCAUCAACAGGAGCGGACGGGUGCCCAAGAAGGCGCGCAUGUUCUCCAUCGUGCUGCCGUGCGUCGGAAACGUCUCGGGCGUCGUGUUCUUCACCGUCGGCCUGGACGUGAUGACCCGCCGCCGAGGACGGCGCGUGCGGGGCAUGCCACUCCGACUGCGGCUCAAGAAGGAGUGCCGCAUUAGCCAUGGGCCAGAUCCCGAGUGUGACAAACGCUGUGGCAACGGCGGCUUCUGCAGUGCUGACGGCCAGUGCCAGUGUCCGCUGGGCUACAUGGGCAAGUACUGCAACAUGGCGCUCUGCUACCCGCAGUGUAUGAACGGCGGCACGUGCGUCAAGCCGGGCAAGUGCGAGUGUCAGCUCGGCUAUCAGGGCCCGCACUGCGAAGGAGGUAUUUGUCAUGAACGGUGUCUAAACGGUGGUAAAUGCAUACAAAAGGAUACGUGUCAUUGUAAGAGAGGCUAUUACGGACCCCGCUGCCAGUACAGCAAGUGUCUGGUGCCGUGUCAGAACGGCGGCCGGUGCCGCGGCGUCAACCGGUGCCGCUGCCGGUCCGGCUACUCGGGCGACCACUGCGAGGUGGUGGCACGCCAGCCGUGUCGCCGCUGCCGCCACGGACAGUGCGUCGGCUCGCGCUGCGAGUGCGACAGGGGCUGGUUCGGACGUCGCUGCAACAAACGCCGGCCUUCGUCUGGCCGGCGGAAGGGACGCCCUCGGCAGCGAGGGCGGCAGCGGGGGCGGCAGCGGGGGCGGCAGCGGGAGCGGCAGCGGGAGCGACAACAGGGCAGGAGGAAACCACGCAUCUUCGUCUAGUGAAUUAGCCACAGUCGAGGUCGGCAGCCAGGGAUGUCCCAUCACUGUGAGCCACCCAAGCUGUCCAACCCGCGAUCAUCUGUCCGAAGCCUGUCCGGCACGACUGUCUGGUCCGAGCCUGUCCGGUGCGACUGUCCGGCGGCUGUCGGGUCCGAGCCUGCCCGGCCCGGAGUGGCCUGUGGUCUGCAGCCGGGCCGGGGCCGUCAGAUACUGCCGGCCAGGCUGGUUUAUACAGCACAUAGAUCGCCGUCGGCGCAGCCCGGCCCCGCCGAGCGACAUAUGCGCGGCGAUAUAUGGGGCCGCGCCGGCCGUAUGAACUGCCCCGAGUGGCCGUGCCGCCCGGCUCAUAUCAUGCCGACCAACAUCGCCCUGGUAUGUGACGGUUCCGCGAACCGAGACGGUCCUCACACGUCAGGCUGAGGUCCGCGCACGGGCCGGUGACGUGAUGGGCUCGGCGGACUGGGAGCGCAGAACUGUGGCGCCACAGGACCAAAGUGAGUGCGCGCGGCCGGUGAUCGCCGGUGCGGCUGUCGGAGGCCGACCCACCGAGCGUCCUGUGCAGUUGCUGUGUACUGUCGCCGAGGUCUGGUGCAGUGGGGCGCAGGCCCGCGGGUCACUCCCGAUCACCAUGGCUCGCCUACGGACAAUAGGCUGGUGAACGGACAAUGACGAAAGCGGUUGGUGGCACCACGUGUGUCUCUAAAGUCAAUGUGUGGACGUGGUGCUCUUAAUAUGGCAGAGCUGCAAGUGAGCUUGAUGAUAUUUGUAUGGAUUGACGGCUGGCGUUUUGUGUUCGGCCGACGUGCUUGUAUAAGGCAUGAAAUGACUAAAGCUCUUGCAAGUUGCAGUCAUAAACCGAUGUCUACUGUUAAUACACACGGUCAAGCUAAUUGCAUCAGGUCCACGUAAUAUUUGCUUUGAUUACUGUUCAAAUUCUAACCAUGGUUAUGCUAACUAGAAAGUAGCUAUACCAGCAUCUAUUGGCAAUUCGUAAAGGCGUGAGGAUAUUGGUAUUGCCACUAUAUAUGUAUGUUAUGUGCAACUUUAAUUACAUGCAUCUUCAAUAUUUUGCUGUGAUCAUAAGUGUUUCGUGGUGUUAGUUAUGUUGCUUUCGCGACUUGCGUUUUAUUUGACAAAAUGAAGUUAACAAAUUUG